CAUGGUGGUGGUAGCAUCUUGGUCUGGAGCUGCAUGAGUGCUGCCGGCACUGGGAAACAUGAAUUCCAACAUUUACUCUGAUAUUCUGAAGCAAAGAUGAGAGGAAGUGCUGCAGUUUCUCCUGUGGUGACAAACGUAGUCAGUUUAGCAGCGUGUUUUGUGAAGAAAACCUCGUAUUCAACUUUUAGAGAAAAGUCAGACACAUGGGUACUGAAGCCUGACCAGCCUGAAUUGACUCUCUGGCUUGAUGACCAAAGGCCUUUCCGUUAAACAAUGGAAGUUCAGACUCCAGAUCACGGAACUCCUGCCCAGACUAACAUCACAGCUCAGACAGGAGGAACCACCUGUGCUCCUGUGAUCGAUGGAAACACUGUUCAAGGAUCACUGACGGUUAUAAACAACAUAUACGGAGCUCAGGAAGCUCCCACUUCCAGCAGCAGCUCAGUUCAGGCUGGAUGCUCUCCUGGUGCUUCUGCUCUCACUAAAGAAUACAUCACUGUGUGUAAACAAACACACAAAUCUGAACUGGAGAAGACAUUUAGAAGUAUAAAGGAAGGACUGUCACAUGAUGGAAACUCAAUGCUUCUGAAUAAGAUUUACACAGAGCUCUACAUCACAGAGGGUGGGAGUGGAGAGGUCAAUAGUGAACAUGAGGUGAGACAGAUUGAAACAAAAUUCAGGAGACGACCAAAACAAGAAACACCAAUCAAAUGCAAUGACAUCUUUAAACACAUACCUGGAAAAGACAAACCCAUCAGAACUGUGCUGACAAGAGGAAUCGCUGGAAUUGGAAAAACAGUCUCUGUGCAGAAGUUCAUUCUGGACUGGAUUGAAGGAAAAGCAAAUCAGGAUGUCACCUUCAUAUUUCCACUUCCUUUUAGGGAACUUAAUUUGAUAAAGCACAAAAAGCUCAGCCUGAUGGAUCUUCUUCACCUCUUUUUUCCACAAACCAAACAAUUUCGAUUAAUAGACUUAAUAAAUUGUGCUGACUGCACAGUCAUGUUCAUCUUAGAUGGUCUGGAUGAGUGUCGACCUCCACUACAUUUAGAAAAAAAUGAGAUUUUAUCUGAUGAAACAGAAUCGGCCUCGGUAGAUGUGCUGCUGACAAAUCUCAUAAGGGGAAAGCUGCUCAGUUCUUCUCUUCUCUGGAUAACCACUCGACCAGCAGCAGUCAGUCAGAUCCUUCUUCAGCAUAUUAAUCUGGUAACAGAGAUACGAGGGUUCAGUGAUCCUCAGAAAGAGGAAUACUUCAGGAAAAGGAUCAGUGAUCAGAGGCUUGCAAAAGAAAUCAUUACACACAUAAAGUCAUCACGAAGCCUCUACAUCAUGUGCCACAUACCAGUCUUCUGCUGGAUUUCAGCCACUGUGCUAGAGGAGAUGUUGAGUGAAGUUGAGAUUGGAGAGAUCCCGAGGACUCUGACUCAAAUGUUCACAUACUUCCUGAACUUCCAGAUCAAGCACAGCAGCCAAAAAUGCAGAGGAAAUAGAGACACCAAUCUUCACCAGACUAGAAAUAUUAUCCUGGCACUUGGAAAACUGGCUUUCCAACAGCUGGAAAAUGGCAAUAUAAUCUUCUAUGAGGACGACCUGAGACAGUGCGGCAUUAAUAUCAAAGAUGUGUCAGUGUACUCAGAAGUCUGUACUCAGAUCUUCAGAGAAGAGUCUGCACUGCACCUGGAGAAAGUCUUCAGCUUUAUUCAUCUGACAGUUCAGGAGUUUCUUGCAGCUUUAUAUGCAUUUUUUUCGUUCAUCUCUAACCACAGAAAUGUGCUGCUGGAGCAAGCCACUGGAUGUUUUGCUUUCUUCAAAAAGCCGCAAAUGUUUGACUUCCUCAGUUGUGCAGUGGACAAGGCUUUAAAGAGCGAGAAUGAACACCUGAACCUUUUCCUUCGCUUCCUCCUAGGCUUUUCACUGGAGUCCAAUCAGACUCUCUUACAAAGGCUACUUCCAGAACUAAGAAAGAGCUCACACAGUAAAGAACAAAUAGUCUGGUACAUCAAAAAGAAGAUCAGGGAGAAUCCCUCUGCAGAGAAAUCCAUCAAUCUGUUUCAUUGUCUGAAUGAACUGAAUGAUCAUUCUUUAGUGCAGGAAGUACAAAAGUACCUGAAUAGAAGCAAUAACAGUGGUUUCAGUGGAGCUAAACUCUCUCCUGCUCAGUGGUCAGCUCUGGUGUUUGUGUUACUGAACUCAGAAGAGCAGUUAGAUGAGUUUAUCCUAAGAAAGUAUGACCCAUCAGAAGAAUGUCUUCUGAGACUUCUGCCAGUGGUCAAAGCAUCCAGAAAAGCAGUACUGGGUCACUGCAGUAUUACAGAAGAAGGCUGUGUUGCUCUGGUUAAAGCUCUGAAAUCAAACCUCUCAAACGUGAGCGAGCUAGAUCUGAGUUGGAAUAAUCCAGGAUAUUCAGGAGUAAAGGAGCUCUCUGAUCUACUGAAGGAGCCACAUUGCAAACUGGAGAAACUACACCUGGAAAUGUGCAGUAUUACAAGUCAGUGCUGUGCAGUUCUGAUUAACUCUCUGAAAUCAAACCCAUCAUCACACUUGAGAGAGCUAGAUUUAAGCUGGAAUGAUCCAGGAGAGUCAGGAGUGAAGGAACUCUCUGAUCUACUGAAGAAUCCACACUGUAAACUAGAGAAACUACAUCUGUCUGAUUGCAGCAUUACAGAUAAAGGCUGUGUAGCUCUGGUUAAAGCUCUGAAAUCAAACCCCUCAACACACCUGAAAGAACUGAAUCUAAACAACAAUGAACUAAAGGAUUCAGGAGCGAAGGAACUCUCUGAUCUACUGGAGGAUCCACUCUGUAAACUGGAGACACUAGAGCUGGCUGUGUGCAGUAUUACUGGUGAAGGCUGUGCUGCUCUGGCUAACGCUCUGAAAUCAAACCCCUCAUCACAGCUGAAAGAACUGAAUUUAAACAGGAAUUAUCCAGGAGAUUCAGCAGUGAAGAAGCUCUCUGAUCUACUGAAGGACCCACACUGUAAACUGCAGAAAUUAGGACUGUCUGAGUGCAGGAUUACAGGUAAAAGUGGUACUUUGGUUAAAGCCCUGAAAUCAAACCGCUUAUCACAGCUAAGAGAGUUCAACCUGAAGUGGAACAAACCAGGAAAUUCAGCAGUGAAGGAGGUCUCUGGUCUACUGGAGGAUCCACACUGUAAACUGGAGAAACUGAAUCUGAGGACAAUAAACAGCAACAUUAGCUGCAUUGUAAAUACAGCUUAAUCAUACACAACGACCAGUCACGGUUGCCUCUGCUUUUGGCAUGACAACAACCAAGUUGCUGGACUAGCUCUGUUACAUCAAAUGAAACAUUUUCACAACAUUGAUCACAAUCUUCAGAAGUAGCCCAGUGUCUCUGUUUGCUUGAUAUGUGGUGAGAGCAAUUGAUUACAGUUGGCCCAUCUGUGCUCCGUCUCAUGUGAAGCUGCAUCUCUAAAAUCAGCCCAGACUGGGUUACGGUGAUCGAGCUGUAAGAGAAAGGUUUAGCUCCUGAAUUGAGGUUGAGGAACUCCAUGUUCUCCUCUUACUUUUCCAAAGUGGUCAGCAUCCUGCCCGCUGUCACAGAUUGCCCAUUCUGUGAGAAGCAAAUCAAAUCUUGUAUGCUCUUGAAGACCGAGUUACAGAGAGAUGAGAAAAAUCCAUGAGGUUUUAGCUCCUGAAAUGAGGUGUAGAAACUCUUGUUUCUCUUUUUUUUCCAAAGUGGAAAGCAUCCAUCACACUUUCAUAUUUUCCUGUUUUGUGCAAUCCACAAACAAUUUGGCAGAUUUGUUGUCUGGUGUGUAUAGUUUUGAGGCAAAAUAAUUGUGUCCAAAUAUUUCACAUUUUCAUAUCACAUUCUGUGUAUAUCAGCCUUAACAUAUGAUCAAAGUGCCACAUGGUAGUGCCAGUGGGAGCUUGUUAAAGCACAGCUGCUGUGUCCCCUGUCUAUGGGUGAAAUAGGCAGUUUUUUUUAAACAUAUUGACGGUAUUUUAAAGUGUCCAUGAUACCAUACAUAUAUAAAGUAUACUGUUAAAUGUUUAAUGGGAAGAGAAAAUGUGGAGAAGGAAAGGAAGGGCUCAUGAUCCAAAGUAUACCACAUCAUCUGUCAAAUGUGGUGGAGACAGUGUUAUGGACAUGUAUGGUGGCCAAUGGAACUUGAUCAUUGGUGUUCAUUGAUGUGACUGCUGAUAGAGAUAGCAGGAUGAGCUCUGCAAUGUAUAAAGGUAUACUUUCCACUCAGACUCUGUCAAAUGCUGCAAAAUCUAUAGGACAAUCCAAAGAAAUGGAUUGUUCUUAAACGGCCGAUCAAAUCAUCUGACCUCAAUCCAAGUGAGCAUGCUUUUCACUUAAUGAAGACAAAACUGAAGGCGAUUUACAUUAAUGAAGGCAUCUUGAUAUGCCAACCUUCACUAGAAUGUCCCUGACUUGACUACAUGUUGUGAAAGGUUUUUUUUUUUUCUGUGAUCAUCCACUUUAGUUUUCUUCCAUGGUCUUCCAGGCUUUUUGGAGUUGCUAAACCAGCCAGUGCAUUUUUCUUUUUCAUAAUGUACCAAAUUGUUGAUUUGCCCUCUUCUAAAAUUUCUGCUAUCUUUCUGGUAGGUUUUAUGUUUUUUUUUCAGUGUAAUGACAAUUCCGGAUACCUCUUUGAAUGGCAUCUUGAGAGUGCCCAUGAACAGCUACCAAUUACAUACAAUACAUACAAUACUCAAGUUCAUUAAAGUCUUCUUCUUUCGGCUGCUCCCUUUAGGGGUCGC